AUGCCACUUUCUGUCCCUCAAGGCAUAUGGCAAGAUCUAGCUCUGGAUUUUGUUUUGGGAUUACCUCGUACUCAACAGGGCAUAGAUUCUAUUUUUGUGAUGGUUGACAGAUGCUUUUGGAUUACUUUGUGGAAGUUCUUUGAAACCAAUUUGAAUCGAAGCAACACUGCCCAUCCCCAAACUGAUGGACAAAUCGAGGUUACUAAUCGUACCUUUGGAAAUAUGGUGCCUUACUAUGUGGUGGAUUUGGUGAAAUUGCCUAAAGGCGAUAAUAAAAGUGUUGCUGCUGAACAUCUGGCAGAAGAGGUGUUAGCAGUUCAUGAUGAGGAAAUGGAUUUGGUGAUGGUGUUUUUGAGAAUGGAGAGAUUUCUCGUUGGUUCUUAUAAUAAGCUGAAACAAAAAAAAUAUGGGCCUUUCAAAUUGCUUAAAUGGAUUAACAGCAAUACCUACAUUAUUGAUUUGCCGGCUUCUAUGGGUAUUUCUCGAACGUUCAAUGUGGCAUAUUUAUAUGAGUUCCAUAAUGAUGAUAAGCCUUUGUAUCCAGAUUAUAACUCGGGGUUGAGUUCUUCGAAAGUGGAAGGGACUGAUAUAAGACAUAUUGGGAAAAAGUACUAG